CUCAAUUGUUGUUAUUCGACGUUGGUAUUAACACGUUGUAGAAAAACUGCCGUAUAAAAGUAUUACGAGAAUAGAAAUGAAGAAGAAUAUUAAAAACAGCUUUACCUGUUGGUUUUCUCGAAUAGGAUAUCAUAUUGGGUGCCAUCCUCAAUUAUACGUUUAUAUUUUCUUGACGAUAACAAUUGUCCUAGCAACUGGAUUCUUCAAAUUACAUAUUGUGAAGAAAGCCGAAUAUCUCUAUACUCCGAUCAAUGGAAGAGGAAAAUUGGAAAGGAAUUCCGUCGAGUCAAUGUUUUCUUUUAAUGCUAGUAUUAAUUUAGGCACCUCUAGACUUACUAGAAUUAGUAAUAAAGCAUAUUUUAUUGCCGUAUCUAAAAAUAACGUUUCCCUUUUCAAUGAUAAUGCUAUAUUAGAUUUGGUAAAAUUAGACGAAAUUAUUCGAAAUAUUAGCAUAUUUUGGAAUAAUAGUUUCUUUCGCUAUGAUGAUCUCUGUCUUCGAUCGAAGCAGAAACGAUGUCCUGACAAUUUCCUUGUUUAUUUAAUAAGAAAAUACAAAGAUUUUAAACGUGGAAGAAAUUUUAUGAAAUACCCAAUCGAAAGAAAUGGUUUUCAACUACAAAUACCUGCUUUGCAUAUCGGAGGAGUAUCAACAAACGACGAUGGUUAUGUCGUUGAUUUUAAAGCAUUCCGUCUAUUUUACUACUUAGAUCAUAAUUUAAUAGAAAAGAAACAGUUAGGUUUGCAAUGGGAAAGCGCAUUUUUGAACACUUUAUCAACUGUAAACUUUAAACAUAUUGAAGUUUAUAUGUUCGCUGGACAAACUUACGACGUAGAAGCGAACAGAAAUACCGAGUUAAGUCUUCCGCUCUUACUUAUUUCUGGAGUUAUUAUGACAUCAUUCUCUUUCGUGUCUUGUUUAACGUUCGAUGCUGUAAGAAGUAAACCGUUGAUUGGAAUUGCUGCCUAUUUCAGUCCCUUGCUGGGAACAGUAGCUGCCUUCGGCUUACUGUUACAUUGUAAUGUAGAGUACGUUGAUACGAACGUUGCUGUUGCUUUCCUGACCAUAGGUAUCGGAAUGGAUGAUUCUUUCGUAUUGUUGGCUGCGUGGAGACGAACGGAUAAGAAUCACAGUGUCAAACAAAGAAUGAGUGAAACCUUUUCUGAUGUUUGUAUUUCCAUAACGAUAACCUCAUUAACCAAUUUUAUAUCAUUCAUUUUAGGAGUUAUAACUCCUUAUAGAAACAUUCGUAUCUUCAGUAUAUAUAGUGCCAUAUCAGUGUUAUUCGAUUAUAUUUAUCAAAUAUUUUUCUUUGGUGCGGUGAUGGCAAUCGACGGUUACAGAGAAAAGCAAAAUUUCCAUUCCUUACUUUUAUAUCGUGUUCGUACAGAUGAGACAGAAAGAAACUCGACAAGUAUCGAAAAAAUUCUGAAGAUCAUGAAGAUAGCGAAAAGUUUUCCCGAAAAAUUAAGUGCUUUUUUGAGCCAAAACUUUAUCAAAGUAUUAGUAAUAUUUUCAUUUACUUGUCUAUUAACAGGAGCAAUUUAUAAUAUUAAUUCCAUAAAACAAGGACUAGAUUACACUGAUAUAUUUCCAUUCCAUUCUUACGCUGAGAAAUAUACGAAAAUGCAUUAUGAAUAUUUCACCGAUUAUCCUCUUACAGUACAGCUAGUGUUUAAUCAAACUCUAGAUUAUUCAAAUUCAUCCGUUCAAAUGGACAUAGAAAACAUCUUAAGAACAUUCGAAAGUGCCCCUUACAUGACUGGACCCAAUUAUACCGAAUGUUGGUUGAGAGAAUAUUUGUCUUAUAUUCGUGAUUCUAGAAUAAAUUACUUGAUUAAAGAUUUUGAUGUAAAUACAACGCAGGGAUUUUUAGACGGAUUGAAAAAAGUGUUUUUAAAAUUUUACAAUGGAAUAUUUGAAGAUGAUAUCCUGUGGAAUAAGGAUCGUGAUCAAAUUUUAGCUUCGAGAUGUUUGUUUGCAUAUCGCAAUGUCAGAACCGGACGUGAUGAAAAAUCUUUAAUCGAAGAAUUACGUAAAAUUGCAGCUGAGAGCAAAUAUGAUGUAUUUGUUUAUAACAUGUGGUUUGUAUUGUACGAUCAGUAUUUAAAUAUGCCUGCAAUAUACUUGAAAGCCGUAGGAAUCGCUAUUUUGUCUGUAUUUGUUAUAUUCUUUACAUUUAUUUCUGACAUAUCUUACAGCAUUGCUGUUUUAUUUACUGUUAUUUGUAUUCAAGUAGAAACUUUGGGUUAUGGAAGUGCAUGGAAUGUGGGAUUAAAUAUUAUUUCUGUGAUGUUUUUAAUAAUGAGCGCCGGAUUUUGUGUUGAUUACUCGGUGCACAUUGCUCACGCUUACAAAAAUUGCAAAGAAACAGAUCCCAGUGAAAAAAUAAAAGAAUCCUUGCAAUGCAUAGGAUAUCCGAUUGUUCAAGGAUGUUUAUCUACUGUCAUUGGAGCAUUUGUUUGCAUUUUCGGACCGUCUUAUUUGUUAAUUGUAUUUUUUAAAGUAAUUGUUUUAGUUAUGAUAUUCUCAGUGUUCAACGGUCUCAUUGUAUUACCCAUUAUUCUUAGUAUGGUCGAUUCCAUCCAUAUUCCUUGGAUGAGGCAACUUAAUAUUGUCUGAUUACUUUGGAAAAUAUUGUUGUUUCUAUUAUUGAAUUGUUGAAAAUUUUUGUGUAAAAAGAUAAAAUUUAUAGUAGUUAAUCACAUUUCAUGUACUUAAAACUGAUAUAAUUAUUCAAUAUAUAACAUUGUAAUUCAAUACCACUAUUAACAAUAAAACUGUAUAACUUUA